GCGGGGCCAGCCGCAGUGGCCGCGGCGGCGGCGGCGGCGGCGGCGUCUCCACCCGGAGCCAAGGUACAUAGGCGGCCCUGGCCUUUCCAGAGCAUCCUUUCCCUGCUGGCCCCGCGGGUCAGCCUGCAGCCGGUGCUGGCCGCCUCUCGCCUGGAGGCUGACUUCUUUGUUUGUUUUCUGCCCCCUGCCUCGUCUCUGCAGGACCUGUUCGUUCUUCUGCGGGCUAUAAGAAAGCAGAGGAUGAGAUGUCCCGGACCACGUCUAUUGGAGAUCAGCUGGAGGCAACGGCCCGCACCAUUUACCUCAACCAACCGCAUCUCAACAAAUUCUGCGACAACCAGAUCAGUACAGCCAAGUACAGCGUGUUGACAUUUCUACCUCGAUUCUUGUAUGAGCAGAUUAGAAGAGCUGCUAAUGCCUUCUUCCUCUUCAUUGCCUUAUUGCAGCAAAUUCCAGAUGUAUCUCCAACAGGAAGAUAUACCACCCUGGUGCCAUUUAUCAUUAUUUUAACAAUUGCCGGCAUCAAAGAGAUUGUAGAAGAUUUUAAACGACACAAGGCAGACAAUGCAGUUAACAAGAAGAAAGCAAUAGUGCUAAGAAAUGGUAUGUGGCAUACCAUUGUAUGGAAAGAGGUGGCAGUGGGAGACAUCGUGAAGGUCCUCAAUGGACAGUAUCUUCCAGCAGACAUGGUCCUGUUCUCCUCCAGUGAACCUCAGGCAAUGUGUUAUGUCGAAACAGCUAAUCUAGAUGGGGAGACGAACCUUAAAAUACGUCAGGGAUUGAGUCAAACUGCUGACAUGCAGACGAGGGAGGUGUUGAUGAAAUUGACAGGAACCAUAGAAUGUGAGGGGCCUAAUCGUCACCUCUAUGACUUCACCGGUACCUUGCACUUAGAUGGGCAAAGCCCUGUUGCCCUUGGGCCUGACCAGAUCUUAUUAAGAGGUACACAGCUUAGAAAUACUCAGUGGGUCUUUGGCGUAGUUGUUUAUACCGGACACGACACCAAACUCAUGCAGAAUUCCACCAAAGCACCUCUCAAAAGAUCAAAUGUUGAGAAAGUAACCAAUGUGCAGAUCCUGGUGUUGUUUGGCAUCCUCUUAGUCAUGGCCUUGGUGAGCUCAGUGGGGGCCCUGUACUGGAAUGGGUCUCAUGGUGCAAGUAACUGGUACAUCAAAAAGAUGGAAUCAAGCUCGGAUAAUUUUGGAUACAACCUAUUGACGUUCAUCAUCUUGUACAACAAUCUUAUUCCCAUCAGUCUGCUGGUGACUCUUGAGGUUGUAAAAUACACACAAGCCCUUUUUAUAAACUGGGACAUAGAUAUGUAUUAUGUAGGAAAUGACACUCCUGCAAUGGCCAGGACAUCAAACCUUAAUGAAGAGCUUGGGCAGGUAAAAUAUCUUUUCUCUGAUAAAACUGGAACUCUUACAUGUAAUAUCAUGAACUUCAAGAAGUGUAGCAUUGCUGGAGUAACCUACGGUCAUUUCCCAGAAUUGACAAGAGAAGCAUCCUCAGAUGAUUUCUGUCGGAUAUCCUCAGCGCCUAGUGAUUCAUGUGACUUUAAUGAUCCCAGGCUGUUGAAGAAUAUUGAGGAUAACCAUCCCACAGCCCCUGUUAUACAGGAGUUCCUCACCCUGCUGGCUGUUUGCCACACUGUUGUUCCUGAGAAGGAUGGAGAUGAAAUCAUCUAUCAGGCCUCUUCCCCAGAUGAAGCUGCUUUGGUGAAAGGAGCUAAGAAGCUGGGCUUUGUCUUCACAGCCAGAACCCCAUACUCAGUCAUCAUAGAAGCGAUGGGAGAGGAAAAGACAUUUGAAAUCCUUCAUGUCCUAGAAUUUUCCAGUGACAGAAAAAGAAUGUCUGUAAUCGUCCGAACUCCAUCAGGACAACUUCGACUCUACUGUAAAGGGGCUGAUAAUGUCAUUUUUGAAAGACUUUCAGAAGACUCAGAAUACAUGGAAGAAACAUUAUGCCAUCUGGAAUAUUUUGCCACAGAAGGCUUGCGGACUCUCUGUGUGGCCUAUGCUGAUCUCUCGGAGGAUGAUUAUGAGGAGUGGCUGGAAGUCUAUAAGGAAGCAAGCAUCAUAUUGAAAGACAGAGCUCAGCGAUUAGAAGAGUGUUACGAGAUCAUUGAAAAGGAUUUACUGUUACUUGGAGCCACAGCCAUAGAAGAUCGUCUUCAGGCCGGAGUUCCAGAGACCAUAGCAACUCUGUUGAAGGCAGAUAUUAAAAUAUGGGUAUUGACAGGAGACAAACAAGAAACUGCAAUUAAUAUAGGCUAUUCCUGCCGAUUGGUGUCACAGAAUAUGACCCUUAUCCUAAUGAAGGAGGACUCUUUGGAUGCCACGCGGGCAGCCAUCACCCAACAUUGCACAGACCUUGGAGAUUUGCUGGGCAAGGAAAAUGAUGUGGCUCUAAUCAUCGAUGGCCAUACCCUCAAGUAUGCCCUCUCCUUCGAAGUCCGGAGAAGCUUCCUCGAUUUGGCGCUGUCUUGUAAAGCGGUCAUAUGCUGCAGAGUGUCUCCUCUGCAGAAGUCUGAAAUAGUGGAAGUGGUGAAGAAGCGGGUGAAUGCCAUCACCCUGGCCAUCGGGGAUGGUGCCAAUGAUGUCGGGAUGAUCCAGACAGCCCACGUGGGUGUGGGGAUCAGUGGCAAUGAGGGCAUGCAGGCCACCAACAACUCGGAUUACGCUAUUGCACAGUUUUCUUACUUGGAGAAGCUCCUGCUUGUACAUGGAGCCUGGAGCUACAUCCGGGUGACCAAGUGCAUAUUAUACUGCUUCUACAAGAAUGUAGUCCUCUACAUCAUUGAGCUUUGGUUCGCCUUUGUUAAUGGAUUUUCUGGGCAGAUUUUAUUUGAACGUUGGUGCAUCGGCUUGUACAAUGUGAUUUUCACCGCGUUGCCACCCUUUACCCUGGGAAUCUUUGAGAGGUCUUGCAGUCAGGAGAGCAUGCUCAGGUUUCCACAGCUCUACAAAAUCACCCAGAAUGCUGAAGGCUUCAACACAAAGGUUUUCUGGGGUCACUGCAUCAACGCCUUGGUCCACUCCCUCAUCCUCUUCUGGUUUCCCAUGAAAGCGCUGGAGCAUGAUACUCCAUUCAGCAAUGGUCAUGCCACAGACUAUUUAUUUGUUGGAAAUAUUGUUUACACGUACGUUGUGGUUACGGUUUGUCUGAAAGCUGGUUUGGAGACUACAGCUUGGACUAAAUUCAGUCACCUGGCUGUGUGGGGAAGCAUGGUGAUGUGGCUGUUGUUUUUUGUCGUCUACUCAACCAUCUGGCCCACCAUCCCCAUUGCUCCAGACAUGAGAGGGCAGGCAACUAUGGUCCUGAGUUCUGCAUACUUCUGGUUGGGAUUAAUUCUGGUUCCUACUGCAUGUUUGCUCGAAGAUGUGGCAUGGAGAGCGGCCAAGCAUACCUACAAAAAGACGUUGCUGGAGGAGGUACAGGAGCUGGAAACCAAGACCAGAGUGAUGGGGAAAGCAAUGCUGCGGGACAGUAAUGGAAAGAGAAUGAAUGAGCGUGACCGCCUGAUAAAGAGGCUCGGCAGGAAGACACCCCCGACCCUCUUCCUUGGUGGCUCUGUGAACCAGCAAUGUGUCUCACAUGGGUACGCCUUUUCUCAAGAAGAACAUGGAGCUGUUACUCAGGAAGAAAUAGUCCGUUCUUAUGAUACCACCCAAAGGAAACAGAGGAAGAAAUAAGACACAACUUCUCCUGAUUGAUCCGAGGGAAGAGAUGUGGUUUGUUGCACCAGUGUUAACCCAUCUUUGUUAGAAGAGACUGGCGUCAGCAGCCAAAUCACCAGAAAACACAUUUCUGUGGCCUUAGCCAACCAGUUUGUUAGUUGUUUAUUCCCUCGCAAACCUGGAGUAUAGACCGCAGGGGAAGCCAUUUUUUUCCCUCCCGAUUUGUCUGCAGUGCUUGGCCUAACUUCUGUUUACGUUGUUAUAAAGCAUUCAACUGUGCUCCGUGAGGUGUGAAAUUAAAAACAUUGUGUUCCACC